AUGCUGCCGUUAGAGAGGGGUCGCGUUGUAUUUCUUCUACUUCUAUUACGCCUGUUCAUCGUAUCUGCGGAAGGGAAUACUAUUGAAUGCUACACUCAAAACGGUCCUCCCUAUAAUGGAACGAUGAAUCACACAGCUGCUGGUGAACCCUGCCUACCGUGGAGUGAGUUCACUCAUCUUCAUCUGAGAAGCAGUUGGAAUGCUUCCGUACUUCAAGAGCAAUCAAAUUACUGCCGAAACCCUGACGAUGAUCCAAGAGGUCCUUGGUGUAUGGUAACAAGGUCCAAGUAUGGGACGUGCAGCGUUCCCCAUUGUGAACAUUUGGUUGAUUGCUAUGAAGGAGUCGGUGAAAACUACCUCGGAGACGCACAAACUACCGAGGAUGGGCAGAUGUGCGCUACUUGGUCUGACCGUCUGAAUGAUCAUUAUAACACUAGGGAAAGUCAAAUGGUUUUUGUCAAAUUCAACUCUCCAACCAAUUGGUCAUCGGUUCCUCUUUUCGACUCAAGUGUACACAACUUCCGAAGUUGCCGAAAUCCUGGUGGGAAAAUGGCCAAACCCUGGUGUUUUGUAGGAAAUAAAGCGGGCCGUUCGUCAUAUUACCACAGUUACGAUUAUAAUUACAAAGUGGCGUCGUGCAAAUUGGACAAAUGUGAUGAAUCCAGUCACAUUGGUCUCCCAAUGGACUUCGGAGCCGAAUGUCCACCUGGUUUCGUGACACAUGUUGGGAAGACUGUCUACUCUCAGGGCGAAAUUUCCACUGUCUAUUGUGUUCUUUCCUCUGAAGAACUUCGCAGGACCAAAAAACGAGGCUUCGGAAGUUUCUGCAUGUUUUUGCUAAACCAAGAUCGAGAAACAUGUCCCAAAGCACAAAUUGCGAAUUCCCUUCUUGUAACACCUUAUAUAUUAUUAGGAUUGGCUGCCAAAUGGAAUUGUGUUUUACAACGGGGACGUUGUUUUUUACCUCCUGUAGGGUUUGACAUGAAGCGAACAUUUAUGCGAACAUCAAUGAAAGUGAAAGGCAAGUACUCCAUGUUCAGAUUAGAAGGGCAAACUUCCAUUUGGAUCUCCCUCUGCUGUACAAAUGGAUCACACACAGAUGUAGACGUAAAGUAUCCAAAGAUUGGCGUCACCUACAAUUCUCUCUGGAACAAUGGCAGGGGAAAUUUCCCUCUAACGUCCGAAUCCGAAACAGAUGUAAUUCACGAAAGACCAAGCUCAAAAGACACUCCACUUUUUGUCUCCAUUGAACGCUGUCCACCAGUGGAAGGAACUAGACGAAGGAUUUUCACGAUGGGAACUUAUAAGCAGUCCAGCUUGACGGCAACUCUGUUAGACUAUGGCUAUUUCACAUCCAUGUGUGCUUAUUAUUAUAAUGACCCGCCACCACCACCUACUGAUGAUGAGUUUAACGAAACUCAAAAUCUAGCAAGUGGUCACUUUGUAGCUCUCGUACCGAGCAUCUUGGUGGAAGGCAAAAAGUGUCCACCCCACUUCACUCCAGCACCUAACGCCAAAGCUCAUCUCAUGUUUUACUUUCUUCGAGUUGCUUUCAUUCUUUGCAAACCCGAGGGUACCUACCUUAACGAUGCUAUUGAUAGAAUUUUACCGGAUGGAGCUCAAUGUUUCCUUUCGCAUACACCCGCGGAGAUUAAAAAGGCUGAAGGAAGUACCGAUAAGGAGAUUAAUAGUAUUAUUGAUGGCGAAGCAGCGGAUAUGGAAAGCGUUGGCACUCCGAUUAGACGUUAUCACUGCCCUAUUGGUUUUGAUCUCAGUGAACUCCGUUGGGCAGGGGGCAAUGAAACGGGUCUUGAAUCAAUCAAUAUGCACUUCUGUUGUCGUAAAGCUUCUAAUGAAACGUCGAAAGACAGUGCUCGGGGAUUCGGGUUCAUUACUCCCAAUGAUAGAGUUGAGCCGUACCUUGAUAAACCCAAUAUAUUCCCUCUGCCUACAUAUCUUCGGGCAGUACCAACAUUUGCUAUUCUGAUCCAAGGGGAAAGUUGUCCUGGUUUUAUGGAUCAAGGAGCUUUGUUGGUGGGAGACUUUUUAAUGCAGUAUGUGGUAUAG